ACCUUCACGCUUGAGCAGAAUGCCCCCUCCCCAGGAAAAUGGGCACUAGCAUGCAUCAACUGAGCGCAGACCUACAGCUCGGCAACACCAGCUGCAAUGUCUCCUCCUGGCCGUGCCUGGAUGACCACCUGCAGCUGCCCACUUUCACCACGGCCGCCAAAGUCCGAGUGAUCAUCACCUUCAUCCUGUGCGGUCUGUCGGCCUUCUGCAACCUGGCCGUGCUGCGGGCGGCCUACGCGGAUGGCAAACGGAAGUCCCACGUCAGGGUGCUGAUCAUCAAUCUGACGUUGGCGGACCUGUUGGUCACUUUCAUCGUGAUGCCGGUGGACGCCGUGUGGAACAUCACAGUGCAGUGGUUGGCGGGAGAUGUGGCCUGCAGGGUGCUGAUGUUCCUCAAGCUCCAAGCCAUGUACUCCGGCGCCUUCGUCACCGUGGUGAUCAGUCUGGACCGCCAGUCGGCCAUCCUGAACCCGCUCGCCAUCAACGAAGCCAGGAAGAGGAACACGGUCAUGCUGACGGUGGCUUGGACCAUGAGCGUCUUGCUGUCCGUCCCUCAGAUAUACCUGUUCCACAACGUGACCAUAGAGCAUCCCGAGGACUUCACCCAGUGCACCACACGGGGAAGUUUCAAGAGACGCUGGCACGAGACGGCGUACAACAUGUUUACCUUCUCUUGCCAGUUCCUGCUGCCGCUGGCCAUCAUGAUCACGUGCUACACCAGGAUCCUCUUUGAGAUCUCCAAGCGGCUGAAAAAGAACAACAUAUCCUCCGGUGAGGUGCAUUUGCGCUGCUCCAAAAACAACAUCCCAAGAGCUCGCAUGAGAACCCUAAAAAUGAGUGUUGUUAUCGUGUUGUCCUUCAUCAUCUGCUGGACUCCCUACUACCUGCUGGGUCUGUGGUACUGGUUCCUCCCAGAUGACCUGGAAGGGAAGGUCUCCCACUCGCUGACCCACCUCCUGUUCAUCUUCGGGCUGGUCAACGCCUGCCUGGACCCGCUCAUCUACGGCCUCUUCACAAUUCAUUUCCGCAAGGGCCUCCACAGGUUUUACUGCAGAUCAGAAGCCACUAUAGACACAGAUGUUAACACGGUCACAACCGGAUACACCGGUGGCACAAGCCUGCCGAAACGAGAGGUUAGCGUCAGCAGCAAAGAGAAGUUCAUGAUGCGUGGCAAUAAUCACAGCUUAACAGCAGGAAACAGCAUUUUAACGAGACAUAACAAUGCAGGGAGACACAUGGAGAGCGGCAUAUGAAAACAUUGCGCAAAUAUAUGACAUCCUGCAUUUUGGGAACAAAAGCUAUAAGAGUUGAGACACACCUCUUCGUUAAUCUUAAUUCUUCAUCUUUUUUUCCUCUAACUUUGUGGGUACCGUCUGAAGAACACCUUUUUAUGAAACUAGUGCACAAAGAAAGAUCUAUUAAGACAUGUUUAUGAGUCUAUCAAAUACUUAGAACGCCUUUUUCUGAUACUAGUGCACAAAUCAAGAUCUAUUAAGACAUGUUUAUGAGUCUAUCAAAUCCUUAGAACAGAGAUUGCAAUCUAAAGAAAGUAACAAUAAUUAGUAACUAUUUACAUUUUCAAUUAUACAAAAUACUUUUAAAUACCAUUUUAAAAAUAUCGAU